AUGGUCAUUGUUACUAAGAAGGAAAGGGAUAAUCUGGUGUUCUGGAGGAGAAACGGUAGCACCACCAAAGGUGGCAAGAAGAAACAUUUAGAAGAGAGCACCGAUAUUGGAAGUAUUCCAUUGGAUCUGCUGGAAUCUUUACCAUUAAAGGAAAGGAUGGCCAUGUAUCAAUCCGCUGCUACCAGCAAGAGCCAGAUUUCCAAUAUGGAUGUGCUGGAGGAGGCAGAAGCUUGCGUGGUACCUGGAGGCUUGGCAACCAUGAAGAAACACUUUGAAACAUCAGACAUUGCAUCUUCUCACAGCGCUGUCUCUCAGUAUCAGUAUCAGCAUAGAUCUGUAAAGGAAACAAGAAGAAGCAAUGAAGUCAAGUUUGUUAGCAGCAGCCAAGCAACUGAGCAACACGAAUCACAAUUUUCAGCCAGUAAUACAGAACAGGUGUCGGUUCAUGAGCAAAGCACCCAUGAGAAAUGCUCAGCAUCUAAUUAUAAUCAAGAAGCUGAUGGCGUUGGUUACCAAGAAAUUCCAAAGGUUUCUGCUCAAGUUCUUAAGGAACAGUUUGAGAAAUCUCUCAAGGAAAAAGGCACUAGCUUUGGUGGAAGUGUCACCUCACAAGGGAAAUAUACAAAGAUCUAUAAUGACCAUCCAGAAUUUGAGUGGCCAGUGGUAAAUGCCAACAGCUGUAGCUCCACAAGCAAUGUCUAUGACUCAAUGAGUUCAGCACUGAAAACAGGACGUUCUUCAAAGUCUUCUAGCACUAAAUCUGUUCAUUUCGGAAGUUUAGAAGAGUUCCCACCUCCUCCUCCUCCUCCUCCAGAUAUUUUAGAGACUUCCGAUAUAGCAGAUUUUUCCCAGUCCCCAGAACCCCCCAGUCCUCCUGAAAGACAUCUCUCACCUACUACACCCAAAGAUGUGUUCUCAAAACAAAGGAACUUAUAUGAGUUGAAACGUUUAUAUAAGCACAUUCAUCCAGAAGUGAGAAAGAACUUACAAAAAGAAUAUGUCACUGAAGUUUCUGAUAUUGUUAGCAGCCAGUCAGAAAAAAAAGGUGAUGUGCAACAAGCAAGGUAUGUUUUUGAACAUCCAUCAGGAAGCCCACAGAAAUGCCUUAGCCCAGAAAGAGAGUACUUAGAAUGGGAUGAGAUUUUAAAGGGAGAAGUGCAGUCAAUGCGGUGGGUCUUUGAAAAUCAACCUUUAGAUUCCAUUAAGGAUGAAUCACCUGAACAAAGUCCUAUAAAAAGUAUUGGAGAACAAGAAAUUAUUGCUGGUGGGGAUGUCAAGUAUGCAACUUGGAUGUUUGAAACACAGCCAAUUCAUGCCCUUGGUACAGAUACCUCCAGUUCUUCAGAAAAUGCUGAUAAGGUUCCAGAUUUAGCAAGAGGUGAUGUCCGAACAGCUACAUGGUUGUUUGAAACUCAGCCAUUAGAUGCACUAAAUAAACUUUACAAAGAAAAUGAUUCAGAUAUACUAAGGGCAUCUGAUGACAUUCAAGGAGGAGAUGUAAAAACAGGUAGAUACCUAUUUGAAACUCAGUAUAAAGAUGGAAGACUCUCUUAUGUUGAGGAAAUGAACAUGCUGACACUUAGAUCGGAGCUCCAAGAGAUUAAAGGAGAUGUUAAAAGAACAGUGAAAAAGUUUGAGACUGAACCUAAAUAUGUCUUAAAAGAUCGCUCUGGGAAAGUCCUUGAGAUAAAAACAGUCUGUAGAGAAGACAUUGAAAAGGGAGAUGUGAAAACAGCCCGAUGGAUGUUUGAAACUCAGCCUUUGGAUAUGAUUAAUCAAGAUGAACUCCAAAUCAAAGUUGUCAGAGGCAUAUCCAUAGAAGAAAGUGUAAAAGGUGGAGUAGGAAAAGCAAAAUGGCUAUUUGAAACACAACCUUUGGAUUCCAUCAAAGAAGAAGAUGAUACUGUUACUCAAAAAGAAGACAUCGUUGGUGCAGAUGUAUACCAGAAAUGUUGGCUUUUUGAAUCUCUUCCAAUGGACAUAUUGAAAGACAAUGCCAAUGACAGGCCUCUUGAGGGACAAGAGAUAAUAGGUGGAAAUGUGAGCAACACAAAGCAUUUAUUUGAAACUGUGCCAAUGGAUGAGCUUAAAGAAGAUGUUGAGGUAGGCAAACUUAAAAAAGUGGUUACCAACGAGGAGGAAAGAGGAGAUGUUCGCCAUCAAAGAUGGGUUUUUGAAACAAGGCCACUUGAACAGAUAAGGGAGGAAAAGAAAGAACAUAUUCAAACAGUCAAGCUUGAUGAAAUCCACAAAGGAGAUGUAACUGCCUGUAGAAGUGCAUUUGAGAGUCAAAAUUGGCAGACUGAUGAUUCUUCCUAUAAGAUUCAAAUUGAAGAUGUUAAUAAGGGAGCUGUGAAACUCAACAAAGAUCUUUUUGAAACAACACCACUUUACGCUAUCAAAGAUCGUUUCGGGCAUUAUCAUGAGGUCAAGACUAUCCGCCAAGAGGAAGUUGUGAGGGGUGAUGUAAGAAGUUACCAAUGGAUGUUUGAAACAAUACCAAUUGAUCAGUUUGGAGAAAGUGGUGAGAAUUACCAAGUUAUCAGGGGAAUAUCUUCUCAGGAAAUACAGUCUGGAGAUGUCAAAACAGGGAAAUGGCUGUUUGAAACCCAGCCACUGGAUUCAAUAAAAUGUGGCAAUGCUGAAGAAGAAGAAACUAUAAAAGAAGGCAAAACUGACAUUGUUAAAGGUGAUGUCAAAAUGUGUAAAUGGCUUUUUGAAACACAGCCAAUGGAAAAUCUUUAUGAAAAGCAGAUACAAACGACAAACAGUGAAGAAAUUCAGAAAGGAGAUGUUAAAACCUGUACUUGGCUUUUUGAAACUCAGCCACUUGACACCAUACAAGAUGAAACAGAUAAGUCAGUAAUAUUGCAAAGGGAGAGCAUUGAAGGCAGGGAUGUGCAAACAGUUUGCUUCCUUUUUGAGACUCAGAAUUUAGAGCAUAUUCAAGGAGAAGAGAAAAAAGACUUUAAGAGAGUAGUUGAAAUUGAUGUCCAGUCUGGUGAUGUCUCAAGUAUGAAAUACAUUUUUGAAAACCAACCUCUGGAUAAAAUUAGUUCUAGUUCACAAGAGGUUUUGCAAAAGAUAAAAAGCAUGACAUCUGAAGACUUUCAAAAAGGCAACGUCUUAAAUUGCAGGUGGUUGUUUGAAAACCAGUCUAUUGAUGAGAUCAGUGAAAACCAAGAGAAAAACAAAUCCUCUUAUGCCAUCACAGAUGUGCAAGCUGGAAAUGUAAGAAAAGGUUGCUUUAUUUUUGAGACCUUUUCACUAGAUCAGAUCAAGGAUGAAUGUUCUGAAGAUACAAUGACAAAAACAGUUGGUGUGGAGGAAAUAUUAAAGGGCGAUGUAAAAAAUUAUACGCUGAUGUUUGAAACACAGCCCCUAUACGCUAUUCAAGAUAAAGAAGGAUAUUACCAUGAAGUAACAACAGUGAAGAAAGAAGAGGUGUCUCACGAGAAUGUCAGAGGAACAAGAUGGCUGUUUGAGACUAAGCCGUUGGAUUCUUUUAAUGAUUCCAAUAAUGUAUUUGUUAUAAAGGCUGUUACUCAAGAGGAUAUUCAGAAAGGAGAUGUUAACGCUGUGCGGUGGCGGUUUGAAACCCAACCAUUAGACACAAUUUCUGAUCACACCAAGUUAGAUAUACGUACCAUUACAACUAUUGAAAGUGGAGAUGUAAAAAGCAGCAGGGAAGUCUUUGAAAGGGAAAAUAACACUCAGGCUGUGCGAACAGUAAGCAUCAGUGAGAUUAAACAAGGCAAUGUUAAAACCUUUACUUGGUUAUUUGAAACUCAUACUCUUGAUGAACUUCAUGAAGAAGGUUAUAAUGAUAUUAAAACAGUAACAGUAGAAGACGUACAAAAGGGGGAUGUUCAAGAAGCUGUCUGGCUCUUUGAAAACCAGACUUUAGACUCAAUCCAAGUAAGGGAUGAAUGUGUUCAAGACACACUGAAGGAAGAAAUUCCACAAGCUGAUGUUAGGACCACAACAUGGCUCUUUGAAACAACACCUUUGCAUGAGUUUAAUGAGCACAAAACAGAAAGAGAUGUUUUUAUUGGAAAGAGCAUCCAAGAAACAUUAAAAGAACUAUAUAGCCACAAACUUGUGAAUUCUCAAGGGAUUAUUUUAGAAGCUGAUGAAAUUGGUGAUGUCCGCAUGGCCAAAUACCAGCUCAUGAACCAAAAAAGUCCAGAAAUAGAAAAAACAGAAGUUAUAAGUGGUAAUCUUCAAAAUAUAUUGAUGAACUUAUUGUCCCAAAACUCUUCUACAGAAAGAAUGAUUCUUUUAAAUGAUGAAGAAAAGGGAAAUAUCUACUUGACAAAGUCACAAUUGCUGAACAAAUCCACCGAUGUACAGGCAAACAGAGAAGAAAUUAUUGGAGGAGAUGUACAAGAAGCUAUCAAAAGCCUUCUUUCACAUAAAGACCUUGGGAAGCAAGGAAUACUUAUUCAAGAAAGUGAGAAAGGGGAUAUAAAAAUGACUGUGUACUCUCUUCUGAACAAGAAUGACAAUGGAGAUUAUGAGCGAGAUGAAGUAGUAGGUGGAGAUGUAAAACGUGCCAUUUAUAAUUUAAAGUCAUCUGCCAUGACAAGUGAGAGACCAGAGAGAGUUAAAAUUGAUGACUUGGAAAGAGGUAAUGUCCAGUUUUUUACUACCUGCAUUGAAUCUGGAGCUUUAGAUUAUUUAAAACGACUACAGGGUGUCUCUGAUGAAAUAGCUUUUGAGCACACAGAUGAAAUUAUUGGAGUUGAUGUCGAGGCUACCAAAUUGUUGCUAAAAAAACAGCAGUACCAAAUUGAGAGAACUGUUGAUGAAACAGAUAUCAUCCCUGGGGAUGUAUAUAAUACGGUUAAGGUUUUCAUGACUGAGCCAGUAAAUAAAUCUUUUGAUGCAAAUAAAGAAGACAUCAUACGGGGAGAUUUGAAGGCAACCCUAAAUUCACUUAACCAAGCCAUUAAUCAGACUGUGGUUGUACAGAAAGAGGAGAUUAUUAAAGCUGACCUUCCUGCAACACUUAAGUCCCUUACAGAAUCAGUUCACCAAGUGAAAGAUACAGAAAAAACAGAUGUUGUCCCUGGUGACAUUCAGGGAACCAUUGAUUCUCUAGAAAAAGUAGUAAACCUUAAAUCUGAGUUUGUUAAGGAAGAUGUGAUUCAUGGCAACUUUGAGGAAACAUUAAAAUCUUUAAAAGAAGCACAGCAGUCAGUGAAAAAAGGAGAGAAAGAAAAUGUAAUCAAAGGAGACAUCAGCACAACCAUGCAAAACCUAAUGGACUCCUCUGCUGAAAAGAGAUAUGUUCAGCAUCAAGUCAGCAUUCAAGGUGAUGUAAAAGAAACCAAGAAGACAUUGCUACAGCCUUCAUCCCAGACAAUUCAAAGAAGAGCAAGUACUGAAGGAAAUGUUAAAGAUACAAUAAAGACAUUUUUGCAGUCUGCUGAAAAAGCUCAAGCCUCAUGCAAACAGGAAGUUUCAGUUGGAAAACUGAUCGAUAUAGAAUUUGAUGACCAACAGACAUCAAAUGAAAUGGAUCAUAAGAAUCAGCAAAAUAUUAAUUCUUUACAACAGGAGGUUAUUGAAACAUCAACAAGAACUGAUCACAGAAGUCAAAAAAAUAUUAAGACACUCCAACCAAAAACUAUUGAAACUUCCAGCAUGUUAGUAGAUAGCAGACAAAUGCAUGGUGGCUCUGAACAAAAAGUGGAUAGCAAACUUACAGUGUCUAAGGUUGAUAAAGAGCAAAAGUCUGUAGCCAACAAAUCCUGGAAAAAACAUAACACAGUUUCCGAUGCUCAAACUGCAGAACUAAUAUCUGAAGAGAAAAAAUAUUUGGCUCAAGGAUUUAGCAAGGGACAGAUAGAAACAAUGCCAACAGAUCUAAUCAAUCAAAACAAAGUAAUGCAAAAAGCAAAACUGUCAUCCAAUAUCAAUACUUCCAAAUCCAGCGCUAUCAAUAUGAUUAAUAGAAGCAGCUACCAAACCUCGGAACAUGUUCACAAACAAGUAACAAAUCAACAGUUACAGCAGCAGUCAAGAAGAAUGGCUUUGAACAAUGUUGUGGAUACUCAGCAAGCACAAGAUUUAGAUUCCAUCAAUAACAAUGUAGAAAUUGUAGGCAAUACAUUAAUGUUUGAAGGUGGUAUUGCAUUACCAGAAAAAGCCAAAAAUAAUGAUACUAUGUGUGCAACCAGAAAAUCCACCCAUGAGAACAGUGACACAAGUAAAAUUGUUAUAAAUAAAAGUCUCAUGAACAAUUAUAAUCUUAAUUCAAAAGUGAAAAAAGAAAGAAAAAAACCUGAGAUCUUCUUCCCUCCUCCUCCACCUUUGCCACAUACUUCUGUAUUAGAGCCUCCAUUGGCACCAACACCACCCCCACCGCUUCCACCACCCCCACCUCCAUUGCCAACCUAUUUGUUAUUUAAAGGCACUGAUGAACCUGAGUAUUUUCCUUCACCACCCCCUCCUGUAGUGGAUAAAAUUGAAAAUGACUUGCUACCACCUACCUCUGAAACUCCACCGCUUAUGAUGCAAUUCAAAGGUCAAACUACAGAAUUUGUCGGUAAGACAAAUGAGCAGUCAGGCAAAAGCAAAAUAGAGUCAAAAACGUUUUCUAAUAGAUAUUCUGCAAAGCACUCAGAGGUAGCACAAAACUAUAGUCAAAAAGAACAGGCAACAAACUAUGUAGAGAAAAAAGCACCUGAAUUGCUACCAAAGUCAAAGCUGCCUGUCUUUCAGUCUAAAACAGGGGUCACAGCAUCUUCAAGAAUUAAUGAAAAUCAAAGUUUUACCAAGAAAUCUACAGUUUUGGUACAAGAACAAAAAGCUAGUAUGACCCAAUCCCAUUCUCAGCGCUCCGAACAAACAGCAAGUCAUCAUGGAUUUCAAACGUUCAGCAAAGGUGCUUUAAAUGCCAAGAAAGAUGUAUUAUCUUCACCAAGUAUAUCUCCUGCACUAAAAACUGAUAGCCCAACUACUCAUUCUAAAAUAGAAACGAAUGCAUGUACCCAAGAAACUUUAGUUCAGAAAAAAAGUCUAAACAUCUCUCAAUCUAAAGUUCAAGACUAUGAUCAACUAACAUGUGAUCAGGAAUUAGAAAGAAUUCAAGAAGAAUCCUUAAAACCAAAGAAACAAAUGUUGUUUUCACCAAGAAUAUCUCCAGCACCAAUCAGUUUAACCCAGUCUUUAAAACUGAGCACUGUUAAUCAAGCUAAUGAAACAAUACUCUCUGUAUCAGCUGAUAAAACUUCAGAACAGUCGCAAAAUAUUACCAUGGCUCAGCUUAGUGAACAUGACUUGGAUCAAAUUGCAUGUGACCGUGAGAUGGAAAUAAUUCAUGAACAAGCAACAAAACCUAAAAGAAAGGUGUUCUUUCCUCCUAGAAUGUCUCCAGCUAUUCAAGCUGAAACUCCCACCCCAAAACCUAAAACAAACAGUAGAAAAUUUAAGACUCCACUAAUGAUUGCUGAAGAAAAAUACCGCCAACAAAGGGAAGAAAUGGAGAAAAACAAAAGCAGGAAUGUGUCCCAAAUUAUCGUAACAGCGGGUACUGAAACUCCUAUAAAACUGGCCCCAGCACAGUCAGAAACAGUCAGAUUUAUAUCAGAGGAGCAAUCUAAAACUAUAGGGACACCAGCUGAAGAUCUAAUUCAUAUGAAAAGCCAAGAAAAUGCAAAAGACACUACUUACAAUAUAAAUCAUCAAAAUUCUGUUCAGUUAAUAUCUACUUCCUCAUCAGUCAACAUGAAUGUUCCAAAAGUACAAACCACUGAAACACAAAUGAAGCAGCUGCAGCAUUUAAAGGCUGUUAAGGAGUCCACAACAACAGAACAGGCAACUAAGCAACAAACUAUGGACAGGUUUGAAAAAUCAAUACAGAUGAAUCAGAUGCAAACAGCCAAGCCAUUUGAUUUACAACUUAAAAAUGAGACUGAUAGUCUAGAAACAGCAAAGUCCAAAAUGACUGCCAAAUCAAUAAAUGCAACAGAGAAUACAAAACACAUUGACAACACAUCUGUUUUGAUGAAGGAAAAAUUAAAUCAAAAUUAUCAAAAUAUACAUUCAACAGAUAAGUAUCUAAGCCAAGAGUUAAACACCCAAUCAAUUUCUCAAACUUCAGAGCAGAGGCAAGUACAGACCAUUACUAAUGUCCAAGCUGUGUCUAAUGUAACAAAAAAACAGCAAAGUAAUGAUAUUGGUAGUAGCAACAAAGUAACCAAACACAUAGAAUCACCAAAAUUCCAACGGAAAUUACAGAUUAAGAAAGAGCAGGUGAAAAGUGAUACUGUAAUGAACCAAAACAUUGCUAGUAUUAAUGCAAAUGCAGCAAAAUCAAAAAGUAUCCAGCAAUUCCAAAUGCGUCAUCAACAAACCUCACUUCCCCCACCACUUCCAAAAGAAGUGGUAAAAGAACAUGUUCCCACUGUCCAAAAUGUUGCUGUAGGAAAGCAAGCUAGAGAAGCAAAAGAAGUAAUCGAAAGCCAUGAAACCCAAAUAUCUUCAGAAUCAAAGGAGCAAGUAAAAUCUUCAAAUGUAAUAGAAUAUCUGAGAAAAUGUGAAGAGUUGCAACAGACAUUGUCAAGUGCCAAGAAAUUUGAAACAGAACCACAAACUCUCAAUAUAAACACUUUUAGAACUUUUCUAAGCAUUGUUCCUUCUUGGUUAUUCAGUGCUGAAAAAAGGGAAGACAUGGCACACCAGGCCAAUUCUAACAAUAUGGAAGCGAUUACAGAGCAAGUGUCCUACAUUAAGAAACAUGCAAAGGACAUGCAUUCAACCUUUGAAGGCAAUAUUCGGGCAGCUAUAAGGACUUCCACAAUUUCAAAAAAUAAAAACGAAACCCACUUUUCAAGUGGAAUAUCACAGAAGGAAGUAAGCACAGUUUCCAAAAAAGUUGACGUGGCAAGUAGACAAAGAAAGAUCAGCAAUGAUUUCAGUAGGUUACCAACUGAUAUGAAGCAAUCUGAUAUCAGAGCGUGUUCUCCUUUGCUGAGGAUGCGAUCACCAUCACCUACUUAUAUAACUAUAGAAUCUACUGCAAGACGUACAGAAUCACCACAAAAAGACAGAGCUCCAUGCGCUUCUGCUCCCCCAAAAGAACCAGUUACUGUACCAUUACCACCAAAACGUACAGCAGCAGUCAAAACAACUCCAACUCCCUCUCCAUCUCCCCAAAGGAAUCGUACAGAGCAGCUUGCAAAACUCAAAGACACCACUGCAAAGUUAUCUCAAGGAACAUCAUCACAUCGAGCUGUCACUCCGAUUCCAGUAGUGGUAGAAAAAAGAUGCGAGAUUGUACAUUCUCCCUCAACUUUACGAAGACAGCUUAAAAUAGAGACCCAUACCACAGGCUCUGUAAGUACCACGCCUGUACCUUUAGGUGAAGUGACAGUCAGCACAGUCGAGGACCGCACAGAAAUUUACGAGGAAGCAAGAAUAUCUGAAAUGCAUCAAGCACUCUCUCAAAGUGAUCCAAAGCACAUUCCAAAGUGGCUGGGCCCAGACUUGGAUAGUUUGGAUGUAUUAUCCAUCUCACAGAAAACCAAUAUUCCUGCAGAACACACAUUUGAACAAAAAGCUAAAAAUGUUUACAUGAGAGAUGAAACAAAUAAAAGAUCAAAUACAGACAGUUCAAGAGAAGCCCAAACAGCAGGCCAAACAGAAAGUGUAAAUUCUCACUUCAGAGCACAAACUGGACAAAAAAAGACACUGCAGAAGGAAAGUCAAAAAUCCGCUUCUGAUGUUCCUUCAACAGUUAAAUCUAGGACAGUUCCAAUAAAACAGAUUAAAGACCACAGAGAGAACACGUCCAAGCGUAUGUUUGUAAGCAGUCAAGAAGAGAGCAGUGAGCAUUUAUUUAAACCAGCAGUGCAUUCUGAGACAAUAUCUCAAGUUUCUGGAGUUGACAAGAUGGAAAGCAAGGUGACUAGGUCAAGGGCUCCAUGGAACCCUGAAGGUGUAAAGCCAGGCUUUGAAUUCAAACAUGCUCCUCCAACAUAUGAAGAUGUCAUAUCAGGUCACAUGCUUGACAUUUCUACUGCCGAAUCUCCAGAGGAAAUAUUAAAGAAUUUUCAGAAAACCUGGGAAGAAAGUGAAAGGGUAUUUAAGAGUCUUGGCUAUACCCUCUCAGAUACUUCUGAAAUGACAAGCAGCUAUCGUCAGGAAGAAUAUAUUGCUGAAAACGCUUCCGCAGGAAAAGGAAACGUGCACCGUCUGUCAAAAGAAGGUUUACCCAAUGGAAUGCCUGGUGGCAGACAAGCAGAUCUUUCAUAAGAACUGCUUCAGCUGUAACCAUUGUAGGAGUAAAUUAAGUUUAGGAAAUUAUGCUUCUCUCCGUGGAAACAUAUACUGCAAACCCCACUUUAAACAACUCUUCAAGUCAAAAGGAAAUUAUGAUGAA